AUGCAGAAGAUCGCGGAGAACAGGUUCUCGCAGGCGAAGAAGCCCCAGAGGACGCGGCUCACGUGGAGCGCGCUGCUGUGGGAGGCCGCGGAGCGGGCCGUCAGGCCGGAGGUGUCCAAGAGGCGGGCGAAGCAGGCACUCGAGCUGGCCACAGAGGACGGACAGACGCCCUGGGCGCCCCGUUCCGGAAGGUGUGGGGCUGGCAGUAGGCUCUCAGCUCGAGGGAAGAAGCGCGCCGACCAUGACCACGAUGUGUCUCGGGAUCCUGUCGACUGGUGGUGGGUGAUCGGCCCAUCAGUGAUCCCUGCCAGCCCUCGCUGGUUCGCGAGGAUGAUAUGCCCCGCCUCCUCGGCAGCCCGAGCCUCGGCCAGCCGGCCCUGCCGCGCGUGGGGCACGCGCGCGGCCCGCCAGCCACGCGGGUUGGCCGAGCUCCCUCCAACCGAUCUGGUGAUUUUUCAUCCUCCGACAUGCCGCAGCAGCUCGCCCGGGCAGCCCGAGGCGCCCUGUAAAGCCCGCUGCGGGACGUCGGCCUCUGACAAGAGCGCCGCCUCAUGCCAGCCGUUUGAGAGGCCAGCGCGGCUCCUGCCCAUCGGCCCAUCGGGCCGCCCCCCCAGACAUCCAGCGCUCCCAUGUUUUCGAUGCGUGGACCCCCCUCGCAGGCCUAGAGGUUGA